AUGGCAUCUUCAACCACAAGUAACACUGCGGUUUGCUGGGAGGACAUUAAAGGGGUAAUCUUCAAGAACGAUGAGUUCCUCGGUUCGCUAUCGAACAAAGGCUUGGUUCUCCUAUUGAUUGGAAGAGACCUUCUCAAGUUCACUAAGAACACGGCCAAAGACAACGAAGAAAGCCUCCAGUUAGUCCUAGCUCUGGGCCAUAAAAGCAAAACAGUUUCGGAGCAGUUCCCAGACGUUCUUGACUCUGAUUCAAAGGAACGCUUCGUUGGAUCACUGGUAGACAAUCAUGCUUUGGACGAGGGCGAAGGUGUCAUCACGAUUUCUGCGGGUCAGGCAACGCUUAAGCUGCAUGCACAGAGCCUUUUCAACCCGGUUGCCAGAGGAGGAAAGUUGAGCGAAAGCCCCAACUGUUUCGUCGACUUCAACGAGGAUUCCAUGGAGAUAUCCGAGUCUUACUUUAUAUCAACUCCAAAUAAGGAAGGCGGAAUACUGAGUACGGAAUAUAGCUGCGCUACGGAGAGCGAUAAGGAGGAGAAGGAAAAGUUCUUGAUUAUAAAAUUACAGGAAGAUAUCUGCGCCGAUCAGAUCUGGACCUGGGUGUAUCAAGGGUAG